AUGGUUGACUGGGUUGGUCUCCUGAUCCCCCUGGCAUACCUGUCCAUCCUCAUAGGUUCUCUCGCCACAUUCAGCUCCCUAUACCGCCGUCGCAAGGCCCAAAAGGCCGCCAACCUUGCACCAUGGUUCCCUCCCCACCUGCAACGCAACAUCUACCUGUCGCUCCUACACAUGGACCCUCAGGAUCCCUCGUCUACUCCCGAAGGCUCCGAAAAGUCAUUGAGCCAGAUCCCUGACAGCAUCAUUCGUGCUGCUCUGUUGCGCCGCGCCGUCGAAGACAUCCACCGCAUCAUUCAAAUCCGUAACGCAAAGCCCGCCCUCCAGUCACUAUUACAAAGAGGAAGUGUCGGAGACGAGCUAUGGCAGCGUUUCCAGAGGGCCGAGCAAGAGAUCGAGGAAGAAGUCAAGGAUGUCGUAUCUGAGAUCGCCAACAACCAACUAGCCAAGCAGCGCAUGGAGGACAUUCAGUCCAAGCUGCCCGAGGAGAAGGCGUGGUGGGACAAGAGAAAGCAAGGAAUCCAGUCUCAAUUCAUGAAGGAGCUCGACGAUGAAGCUGCUGGCAGCAGAAAGGGCUCGGUCACUUCGGCUGCAAACAGUAGAAAGGGCUCUGUGACUUCCAUCGCUGGUCAAACCGAAGAUGCCGUCUUGGUCGAGACACCAGGCAGCGCGAAAAAGAAGAGCAAGAAGUAA